CGGCUCCGAAGCUUGGAUACAUUUCGAGGGUUAUCUCUAGUAAUAAUGAUAUUUGUAAAUUAUGGCGGAGGCGGCUACUGGUUUUUUGAGCAUCCACCAUGGAAUGGUUUGACUGUAGCUGAUUUAGUCUUCCCUUGGUUCAUCUUUAUAAUGGGGACGUCCAUGAAUUUUUCAUUUAAAAGUUUGUACAAGAAAGAGAAAACUACCUUCCAGAUAUUAUUCAAGAUUUUUAAAAGAUCUUUUAUUCUAUUCGCUAUUGGUAUAAUUCUCAACACCAGCUGGGGACCGGUAGACCUGGAGACAAUGAGAAUACCUGGAGUUUUACAGAGGUUCGGUUUAACAUAUCUGUUCGUAGCUUUGAUGGAAUUUACUCUGGGUCGCAGGAAAGAUUCACAUGAGGUAAGGAGGCGACAUUGCAAAAUUAGAAUAGUAGAUAUUGUACUCAAUCUACCAAUAUGGAUUUUAAAUUUAGCUCUACUCGGUGUGUUCAUUGGUUUAACUUACGGUUUACCAGUACCAGGUUGUCCCAAAGGUUAUACUGGACCAGGUGGUAUCAGUGAAGAUGGUCAAUAUAAGAACUGUACAGCAGGAGCAGCCCAAUAUAUAGAUCGACUGGUACUAGGUGAACAUCAUAUCUACCAGUAUCCUACUCCACAGGAGAUGUACCAGACUUCCAUGCCCCACGAUCCUGAAGGUAUCCUUGGUGUACUGACAUCUAUAUUUCUAUGUUUUCUCGGACUAACGGCUGGUCGUAUCAUUAUAACUUUUGAAAGUCAUGUUGGUCGAAUAGUUCGCUGGUUAAUAUGGGCCGCCAUUACGGGUGGGAUAGCAGCUUUAUUGUGUAAAGGAAGUCAAAAUGAUGGCUGGGUUCCAGUAAAUAAAAAUCUCUGGUCUGUAUCGUUCGUCAUGGUAACAGCAUGUUUUGCGUUUAUCUUAUUAACUAUAUUAUAUGUGUUUAUGGAUAUUUUACAAUGGUGGAAAGGCGGACCUUUUGUUUAUCCAGGUAUGAACUCUAUAGUAAUCUACGUGUGUCAUGGCGUGUUCUGGAGAGAAUUUCCUAUCAACUGGCAAAUUGAAGAGGUCCAUUGGAAACUUUUACUUCAAGAUAUUUGGGGGACGGCAAUUUGGGUCUUCGUGGCCUAUUUAAUGUAUAGAAAAAGAUUUUUUGUGGCUAUCUAA